CAGAUUUAUAAUUAAAGAUUAUAUUAGUAAGUUUGCAAUGACAAACAUAAAACUCCCUAUAUUUGAAUAAGUGAAUGUGAUUACUCAUACUCAUUUUUAGUUGUCAAAAACAUGAAUUUGAUAUAAUUUGCACUAUAAUAUACGUAGUCAGCAGUCCUAAACUCCUAAAUUCAUAAUCACUCGUAAUUGAUCAACCAAAAUAACUACCAAAAUAAGAAACUUUAAAAAAAAAAAAAAAAGAGAGUCGAUUAAACAGAAAUUAAGCAAAAUCAAGGCCCCACAAAAGAGUCAAACAACCAAUAGAAUGAGUCAACCAUAGCAGUGAUUGAAAACCUUAUCCAUUCACGUUUAACCACGUGUCCACCGCAGUUGAAACCAUACUUUCUUACAAGAAUCCAAUGAAUUAAAACUCUCUUUAUACAACGACACCAUAACUCCCCUUAUUUUACCACUCCAUACUCUUCCUAUAUAAAUAACCCGAUUCGGGCGUUGUUUAGCAAUUCACUAUAAAUACAUCCCUUUCCUACUAAUUUCUCCACAAACAAAAAAUGGCGCAAAAUUCUACAUUUUCUCUCUUAAUUAUCCUCUCUCUUCUUUCUCUCUCUUCCCUAUGUUAUGCCCAUAAUUAUAUGGAUGCUCUUAGAAAGAGCAUUCUUUUCUUUGAAGGCCAACGCUCUGGUACUCCCCCUGAUCAACGCCUUCAUUGGCGCCGUGAUUCCGCUCUUCGUGACGGUCACUCUAUCGGUAAAGAUUUAACCGGAGGAUAUUAUGAUGCGGGGGACAACAUAAAGUUUGGAUUCCCAAUGGCGUUUAGUGUCACACUCCUAUCAUGGAGUGUGAUAGAUUUUGGUAAAAAUAUGAGGAGUGAGCUCCCUAACGCGCUCAAAGCAGUGCGUUGGGGAACUGACUACCUCUUAAAGGCCACGGCCGAGGUACCAAACAUUAUGUACGUUCAAGUUGGUGACCCGUACUCGGACCAUAAUUGUUGGGAGAGACCCGAAGAUAUGGACACGUUAAGAAGUGUCUAUGCCAUUGAUCGCAACCAUCCCGGGUCCGACGUUGCUGGUGAGACUGCCGCGGCAUUGGCUGCUGCCUCGAUCGUGUUUCGGUCUCGUGAUCGUGCCUAUUCUCGUUUGCUCCUUAGUCGCGCCAUCAAAGUGUUCAAUUUCGCAAACAAACAUCGAGGUGCAUACAGUUCGAGUCUAAAAAGAGCAGUUUGCCCGUUUUACUGUGAUAAUAACGGCUACCAGGACGAGUUGCUAUGGGGAGCAGCAUGGUUGCACAAGGCCACAAGAAGGCGCAAAUAUAGAGAAUACAUAGUCAAGAACGAGGUCAUAUUAAGAGCUGGAGACACUAUUAAUGAAUUUGGAUGGGAUAAUAAGCAUGCUGGGAUCAAUGUCCUCAUUUCCAAGGAAGUGUUGAUGGGGAGAGCCGAUGACUUGAAAAAUUUCAAGAACAAUGCCGAUAACUUCAUAUGUUCAGUGAUUCCCGGUGUUGCUCAUCCACAAGUACAAUACUCUCCAGGUGGGUUGAUCUUCAAGACUGGAGGAAGUAACAUGCAACAUGUAACGUCUCUAUCUUUCCUACUUCUAGCUUACUCUAAUUAUCUAAGCCACUCCAAUCACCAAGUGCCAUGUGGCGGAAUUGUAGCUUCUUCUCCUCUCCUAAAACAGUUUGCCAAACGUCAGGUGGAUUACAUACUAGGGGAUAAUCCAAUAAGGAUGUCAUACAUGGUGGGCUACGGGCCGCGAUAUCCACAAAGGAUACACCACAGGGGCAGUUCUCUUCCAUCAGUCCAUGUUCAUCCGGCCCACAUCGGCUGUAAAGCGGGCUCUCGGUACUUCCUCAGCCCAAACCCUAACCCAAAUAAGCUUGUUGGAGCAGUUGUUGGUGGGCCCAAUGUCACAGAUGCCUUUCCAGAUUCCAGGCCUUACUUUCAAGAGUCUGAGCCCACUACUUACAUUAAUGCUCCUCUUGUGGGCCUUCUUGCCUACUUUUCAGCCCAUCCUUGAUACCUAAAUUAUUAAUUAUUAAAGAUUUUCUAUGGAAAGUAGGGCAAGGUUAUAGAGGUGAGCAAAUUGCCACCCUAUGGAAAAUUGUAAUGUAUCACAUUCUUGCUAAAAUGUCAAUGAUGUUUCAAUUUGUUAACAUUGGUGUCACCGUACGUGUCAUCCUAAUUAUUAAUGAUAUUAUUCUUAUUCGAAAAAAAAAAACCAACGGUGUCAACAUAUUGAUAGUUUUAUUACCUUGCUUUUGCUAGUAUCAAUGUCUUAAUAAAUCUUAUCAGCAAUAAUGUAAAAUCGAACCUUUUGUUUUCGGAGUUAGAACUUUGAAGCAAACGAAUACAUCAUAAUGAAUCAAUUACAACAACAAUCAAGAACAAAGGAAGCGAGUUCUAAGCAUUAGUUUACAAAAGAGUUAGAUUGCACUAAUAUACACUUUGCGCAGGACAAGAUUAAAAGGAUGACCCAAAAACAAGAAAAGGAAUGAACAAA